GGAGUCCUCGCGAUACGCGCGCCUACGACGCCAUCCUGUCUGCCUCAGCUGCGUAGCUUGUUAGUCGGCCGUCGGUUAAGCGCUUCCUUGUUCUUUGUGGGGAGUUCCGCGCAGCCGUUUGGGCCGAUCGCCUGGGGAAGUGGGUGAGGUGUUGCCGCAAAAUGGACUGGGCUGGGAAACAUAAUGGUCCAAAUGAUUCAUCUAGUGAUGGAACAGUACGAUUGCGUGGUCUGCCAUUUGGCUGCAGCAAGGAGGAGAUCGUUCAGUUCUUUCAAGGGUUGGAAAUCGUGCCAAAUGGGAUAACAUUGACGCUGGACUACCAGGGGAGAAGCACAGGGGAGGCCUUCGUGCAGUUUGCUUCAAAGGAGAUAGCAGAAAAAGCUCUGGGGAAACACAAGGAAAGAAUAGGGCACAGAUAUAUUGAGAUCUUCAAAAGUAGUAGGAGUGAAAUCCGAGGAUUCUAUGAUCCACCCCGAAGAAUGAUGGGACAGCGACCCGGACCAUAUGAUAGACCAAUGGGAGGAAGAGGGGGUUAUUAUGGAGCUGGGCGUGGAAGUAUGUAUGACAGAAUCCAUCGAGGAGGUGGUGGAUAUGACGGUGGAUAUGGUGGCUUUGAUGAGUAUGGUGGCUAUAACAAUUAUGCCUAUGGAAAUGAUGGCUAUGACGACAGAAUGAGAGAUGGGAGAGGAAUGGGAGGUCAUGGCUAUGGUGGAGCAGGAGAUGCAAGUUCAGGUUUCCAUGGUGGUCAUUUUGUUCACAUGAGAGGUUUGCCUUUUCGAGCCACUGAAAAUGAUAUUGCUAAUUUUUUCUCACCACUGACUCCUAUAAGGGUUCAUAUUGACAUUGGAGCAGAUGGAAGAGCAACUGGAGAGGCUGAUGUGGAAUUUAUGACACAUGAAGAUGCAGUAGCUGCCAUGUCUAAAGAUAAAAACCAUAUGCAGCAUCGAUACAUCGAGCUAUUCCUCAAUUCAACUGCUGGAGGUGGUUCUGGAAUGGGUGGCUAUGGUAGAGAUGCCAUGGAGCAAGGUGGUUAUGGUUCCGUUGGAAGAAUGGGAAUGGGUAGCAGUUACACUGGAGGAUAUGGUACUCCUGAUGGAUUGGGUGGCUAUGGUCGUGGCAGCGGAAAUAGUGGUGGAUAUUACGGGCAAGGCAACAUGGGAGGAGGUGGCUGGCGUGGAAUGUAUUGAAGAGUGUCAUUGUGUCUCCAAAGCGUGUUGGAAGGAAACAGUACUUGGUCUACUAGGCUUUCUUACAAAACUUAAAUUUCUUUUGUAUUGAAAACUUUAUAAUGACUGAAGGAAUGUGUUUUCCCAUUAUUUGGUAAGCAUCAGAUUGUGAUGGGGAAAUCUGUUUUCUGUAGGUUUUAUUUGUUGCAUACUCUGACUUUAAAUAAAUUUUUUAUAUUCAAACCACUGAUGUUGAUAGUUUUUAUACUAGCUCCUCCUGAAGAUAGUUGCGUAUUCUAGGAUUUUGUUUAAGAAAUUUGGUUCAUUAAAAGCACUUGUACUGGAAGAUUAUAUUAUUGAUUCUACAUCUAUGAAAUGAAAUAACCAUCAGAUUUAUGUUACAUUUGUUGAGGUUUGGAAUGAAAGCAAGUAUUAAGUGUUAAUAAAUUGUUUGUCAAUGAAAACUAAUUCAAUGAAAACUAAUGGAAGAAUGUCUGAAAAUAGUGCAGGACAUGAAGGCCAUGAAUUAAAAUUCUGAAAUGACCUAAGGCACAACUGCUACACAUGCCGUCUGAGCAAUGUGUAUAUCAGAAUUUUCAUAAUAUUUAAAAUAUAUUGAUAAACAUGGUCUGAAACUUCACUUUGUUUUCUUGGCAAUUAAAGUUUGAGAUAAGUUAUUAAUAGAUACUAUAUGAGAAAGAUAUGGGAGAAAAGCAGAGAGCUGUGGACUAUAGUAACAUUGAUAGAGAAGUAACUGUUACAGUUCUUAAAAAUAAAACAAUUGACUUAAGGAUACCAGUUCUAUUGCUGAAGAUACCGAUGUAAGGAUUGUGGCCAAUCUGACAACCAACAAUAUAUCCACCUAAAAGUCUGAUGGAUUAUAUAAGUAGUCCUCUUGCUUUGCAUUUUUAAUAUGUAAGAUUGUUUGGAUGGAAUACUGUUUAGCCACAUAAGCAUUUUCUGUGUUUUGAAGAAAAGGUACUAAUAUUCAAGGAGAUUUUUUUGUUUUAAUUGCUUGUCCUCCAGAUUCUUCUGAAUAAUUUGUCAAAUGUGAUAAAUUGAAAGUUUGUUGCCUGUUUUUGCUAGUAAUGUUAUGUAUGUAAUAAAUGUCUUGUGGGAGAUAGCAAAAUAGAUUUCAUUCUAGGACAUGUGUUGUGUCAAUUUAUCUAAUUGAAGGGCAAACAAUACAAAUCUUAAAUCUUUUCUACUUUGUACAAAAUUUUGUAUAGAGAAACACUUUUUUAGGUUUAUACUAAAAAUGGAAGUAAUUUAGAUCCAUAAGAAGGGCUCUUUUUUGGUUGAGCAUAUUUGCAUCAAGGCUUGAUGCUUAAUACUGUAGAGAGUUCAGUAUGAGAAUUUCAUGGGUCAUAGAAAAAUAAAAAAAGAUUCAAAUUUA